AUACAUAGCUUUUUCCAUCGAAAAAUACUUGAAAAUUUUAUUAAUUUAUAAUCUUAUUGGGAGCAACCAACAUAAGCGAAAACAAAAUGGACGAGGAGAGUGAAUACUCCAUACAUUCGAUUUGUCGUAUUUGCUUGAACCACUUGCGAAACGAUCCAGCCUACGACCUGUUUCUAGUCCCAGGUCUCGCUAAGAAACUUUGUGUGUGCACUUCACUCUCCGUGGAACAGCACGAUGGGUUCCCCAAAAACCUUUGCACCACUUGCUACACCCGGCUCAACGAUUUACACGGAUUUCAGAAGCAAUGUGUAGACUCGGUACAGAAGUUUCAAGAAAUGGUCGCCAGCAAAUAUUUCAUACCCGUCAUGGGUACUGUUGAUAAUGACGAUGUAAUGAAUGCUGCGACACACGAUGGGGAAACGGAGGAGGAUCGCAUCAACUUUGACCCGCUUUUAAAUACUAAAAUAGAGGUAGUGGAAAAUGAAGAGGAUGUUUUUAAAAUGUUGGAUGAUGUCGACAAAGAAGUUGAGGAGGUUGAGAAGAAUUUUUCCAGUGACAACGGAAACGACAAUGACGAUGAUGAUGCCCAGUUCGAAGCAAACAGCAGCGACUCGGAAGACGCCAUGCCCUUGUCUCGUUUACGAAGUGCUACGAGAGCGUCGAAAGCAAAGGCUAAAAGCAAAACUGUGGUAGAUGAUGAAGACUCCUCCAGCUUUGAGUGGGGCAUCGACAAUGACGACAAAAAAGACAAACCUAAAAGGAAACCAAAACGUAAACGCAUUCCAAAAGCCGAUGUGCCACUUGAUGAUCCUAUUGACUGUCAUAUUUGUCAUGAAAAAUUUAAGAGCACAAAUCUUUACGACGACCACAUGAAGCAUCACAACGAUCAAUUGCCAUUCCAGUGCACUGUGGAGUCCUGCAAGAAAGGAUUCACUACGCCUGGCGGCCUACGCCUGCAUAAGGACCACGCUCACUCAGAACUCUCUGAGGUGCACGCCUGCACUGUGGAGGGAUGUGGCAUGAAGUUUCCUCGACCUCUUUUACUCACGUUCCAUUUGAAAAAAGUACACAAGAUUAUAACGUCUCGGGCACGGGAUCAUCCCUGCACGGAAUGCGACAAAGUUUUCCGCUGUUCAACGGCUCUUAAAAAACAUAUGUAUAAGCAUACUGGCGAGGAGAAGCCCAUAUCCUGUAACAUCUGCAACAAGAGGUUUCACAUAAAUAGUGAGCUCAAGGACCAUCUUUUGCGCCAUGCUGGGGUCAAAAAUCAUGUUUGUCCAUACUGCGGAGUGGGCAAAACAACGCGACAGGAGUGGAAUAAACACAUAUUGACGCACACCAAGGAAAAACAGUUCCAAUGCCGACAGUGCGAUCAUUCUUCACACAACAAGCAGGCUUUAGCCAACCAUGUCAAGGUGGUUCAUAUGAAGAUUAAGAACUAUGCCUGUCAGUACUGUGGCAAGACUUUUGGCAAGUCAUAUGCCUGUAAGGUCCACGAGAGAAUCCACACUGGCGAAAAUUGCUCCCAGUGCAAAAUCUGUGGCAAGGUUUUGCUUUUCGAGAGGAGUUUGACAAAGCAUUUAAAGCUUCAUGAAAAGCGCGAAUUACGAGCAUCAGCGACUACUGUUAAACCGCAGGUCGACGAUGAUGCGCAGAGCACUCAGAAUUCAAGCCAGGAGUUGACUGACAUGAACCCCAUAGCAAUUGAGCAGACCAAGCCGAAGAAUUCCCAUAGGCUUGAGCGUGUAGAUAUAUCCGAACUGGCCGGUACCUCUGUCAAUCCCAUAUCUUCAGUCUCUGUGGCAUCCUGGUCGCCACAAGUCAACUUUACAAAGAAAGAAGGCCAGCACAUUUGUCCAGGUUGUGGCCGUGGCUUCAAUCACAUUGGCAAUAUGAAGCUUCACUAUAAGAUAAUACACUUAAAGGUGAAGGAUUUCGCGUGUCGCUUCUGCCCCAAGCGUUUUUCAAAGGCACAAAUAUUACGGCAUCAUGAAUGGAUUCACACCGGAGAAAAGCCAUACGAGUGCAAGAUAUGCGGCAAACAUUUCCGACAGGAGCAAGUAAUGAAAGGGCACGUAAGAAAAGUGCACGAGAAACCGGCGAAGCCUCGCAAAGAACCGAAACCCAAAAAAGCUAGUACAGAAAAGAGAGAGAAAAUGAAUCUUAAUAAAAAACCGCCUAAGAUUCUUGACGAGUACCAGGAUCCGGCUGCGGAACGGGCCGCAGCGACAGCUGCACUGCUCGCGCAACAGAUUCAGGAGAACGAGGCGAAGCAAAAGGCGGAGGAGGAAGCCCGAAAGAUUCAAGAGGCCGCAUGCGAACAACUGCAGAUGCUGCAAAAGGAACAGCUUAUCGAGAAAUUGUCCAGUGAUAGCUUUCAGGUAAAAAAAUCCGAAACCGGAAUCAGCGUGGAUGACCUCAAAAAGGAUAAUGCUUAAAUAAACACGAUUAAAAUAAUAUGCUUUAAAAUCUAUUUACAUUGUGUUAUAAUAUUCAAAGGUUUUUAAUUCUUUUUAUUUAGAAGUUUUCAGUAACUUCUACUCGGUAGGAUAAUUAAAUUGGUUGGUAUACCAAUAUUAUUGUUUGGAAUAUGCUUACUCUUUUAUAGCUUUCUAAAUAAGAGCAAUUUAAGAAUAAUAAUAUGCGUUUCAAAUUAAACAUUGUAAUUAUUUAAAUGAAGAAAUUCAAAGUGAACCUUGGGUUGUCGACUUUUGUU